CUUCGUACCUUCAAGGUUUCACGUGAGUGUAGAAGAGAUUCAUGGACGUUCCUCUACGAAGGGUGUUCUUGACUGUCAAGCCAUAGCCUAGCUAGCUGCGAGUAAACUGAGCUGAUAAGCUUUCAUCUAGUGGCUUCCCUGGCCUCCUCGCGCAGGUAGAGAGUGUGUGGAGGACCGAGGAGCGGGGAAUGGCGCAGGGGAACGAAGACGUGGCCAAGUUCUACUGCACCAAGCACUCGUGGAGGGGCAAAAAACCUCGACGGCUGGCCCUCGGAGGACCACAAUGGCAGGGCUCUUGGCUUUCUACUUCUUGAUGAUCUGGUUGUGCUAUAAUGUACAGGUACAAGAGGGUGUUCUCCAUAGGGACCAAGGCAAUCACUACAUACAACCCCAACACUCAUGAAGUCACCAAUCAGUGGUGUUACAAUGAGUUUGUGGGGAUUGCUCCUAGUCCCAAGGCCAGCAAUGAAUUCAUCAUCACCAUGAAGAAAGGAAGGAAGACUCAGCAGAUGACCUACUCGACUGAGUUCAGACCUGAGGUCCUCACUCGCACUCUGAUGUUCAGUCCGUUGUUCUGUGAGAAACCUCGAAAUGAAACAGACAAGAGGUUUGAUGCAGCCAAGUUCCACUGGGACGAGGCCAAAGUCAAGGUCCUCCUAGUGGUUCGCAGGUACGGUGUAAGUCAGGUGGACAUCACUGGCCACACUCUCACUGACUACAAAUACAAAGACAUCGAGUACAUGGCAAAGGUUGCAGAUCAUCCGGGAGCCUUUGUUGUGGCUGCUGGCGGAUUUGGACGACUGCAACUUGGGACGGGAGCACUGGUAGUCAGCUCCAUCAUCGAUUUCUUCACAUUUGCCGUCUGUCCUCCCUACAGUGAGACAACUGAAGCAGAGAAGUUUGACAUGGUUUUGGAGCUCAUUUCUGGUCUGUCUUCAUUAUAUUACAUACAUACAGUACAUCUCCAUUAUAUGUUCAGUACUCAUUCAUCUGUAUUGUCGAUUGUAUUGCCUGUAAAUAUACAUACUCUCCCUACUUUACAAUCGUCAUGGUUUAUUGAAGGGUGCUGCACACAUGGAAGUAAAAAAGGUUUACCACUGGUUGUGGUGAGUAUAAUGUUAAUUAUUCUCUCCCUCCGCAGGUCUGGGAAGAACAGUGUUCAAACUCUUUCAGGUAUUAAACGUAAUCGGGAGAUUACAUUUUGCUUUGCGAAUCGAACCACAUACACCUACAACCUCGACAACCUGCUGAGCUCAGCUAGUUGAGCGCUCACCUAGACUGC